CUUCUCCAGCUCGGUGUUUAUAGACGGGACUCGGUUGAGCUCAUAAUUAUUCUCCACUCAGUUGUUGAUACUGUCGUUUCUCAUUGUCGUUGACCAGACGCACUACUAAAUUGUUUUCUUACAAACCGAACAUUUCCAAUUGGCAAACUGAGCAGACUGGUCAUGGUUUCAGUUCCCCUCAUUGGACGUCUCAAGGGGCACGAAUACGCAGCUCUCGUUGGGGGCUUCUUCUUCCUCGUCAUCGAAAACGCCCUCCGCUUCAUCAUAAUGCUCCUCCCCAUACCCAUCAUCCAGUGGUUCUACGAUCGCUCUAGUACCCUCUUUCACCGUUUCUCCACCAAACACGCAAAGGGCAAGUCCAAGGCGGAAGAUGUUGCUGACGCUAUCAGGCAAGCAAAGGAUUUUGGAGAGCUAUGUCGGUAUUGGGGUUACACGCAUGAGGAACAUGUUGUUUUGACGAAGGAUGGGUAUUUGUUGGGCUUGCAUAGGCUGCCGACGAAGAGGGGUCAGAGGAAACGAAGUCCUGGGACGAGCACGGGAAAGCCGGUGGUGUAUCUCCAUCAUGGGUUACUCAUGAACAGCGAAGUAUGGGUGUGUUUAACAGACGCGGAGAGAUGCUUGCCGUUUGUCCUUGCAGAACAAGGCUUCGACGUAUGGCUGGGUAAUAACCGAGGGAACAAGUACUCCAAAAAGUCGGUUCAUCAUGACCCGAAUUCGCCCAAGUUUUGGAACUACAGCCUCGAUGAUUUUGCUUGGCAUGAUAUUCCUGAUUCCAUUCAGUAUAUUCUGGAUAUCACCAAGUCAAACAGCUUGAGCUAUGUUGGUUUCAGCCAGGGUACCGCACAGGCAUUUGCUGCACUCAGCAUUCAUCCGCAGUUGAAUGAGAAGGUGAACGUCUUCAUUGCACUGGCACCUGCUAUGAGCCCGGCGGGAUUGGCGGCUCCACUUGUUGAUGGUCUCAUGAAAGCUUCCCCGACACUCAUGUAUCUAUUCUUCGGACGCAAAGCCAUUCUAUCUUCUACAACAACCUGGCAAGCCAUCAUGUACCCACCCAUCUUCGCAAGCGUCAUCGACACUUCCUUGCGUUUCCUCUUCAACUGGCACAGUCACAACAUCUCAUAUCUCCAGAAGAUAGCCGCAUAUGCCCAUCUCUACUCCUUCGCGUCCGUCAAGUCCGUCGUGCAUUGGUUCCAGAUCAUGCGCGAGGGCGCGUUCCAGAUGUUCGACGACGAUGUCAGCGCGUUUAGCUCUCCUGGUGGGCGUGCGUACCGACCUGCGAGGUUUCCAACGAAGAAUAUCGUCACAUCGAUCGUGUUGUUGUAUGGAGACAAGGAUAGCCUCGUGGACAUACAGAUGAUGCUCAAAGAACUCCCGGAUCACACGAUUGUCAAACGUCUGGCUGGGUAUGAACAUUUGGACAUUCUUUGGGGGAAGGAUGUUGAUAAGGAUGUUAUUCCGGAGGUUGUGAACGCCUUGAAGUUGCACUGCGACUCGUGCGGGAGUCCGGACCAGUUCAAGGAUGGGUUCAAAGCUUUUGAAAGGUAAUCAUGGGGGACAUUUAUAUAGUUAUUGAUACAUAGCGGACGGUUGAUUUAUUCUUUCUGUAAUCCUUCAGGUAUAGAUACUUACAUUCAUCUGGUAAUGUAGUACUGAUCGACGGUGGUGGUAUAUGAAAUCUUUACGGUAUAAUUGCGACUAUCGACAGGUUAUAAAUCCUCCCGGACCGACUCAGCGCAUUUUUUAGACUUUUUAGACCGCUUUUCACUUUUAGACUCGGACUUGA